GAUCUAUAUAUAUAAAGGAUACUUUUCAUCCCUCUCAUUCAUCCACGUAGGAUAUUCCCAAUUUCCCCUUUUGACACGUGUCCAAAUCGAAAUGGGCUUCUUAAAAUUUAUUGACCCAAAUACGGUUCAGCCAAAAGCCCGUUUGUGAUUGGCCUCUUUCAGCCUGUCUCCCUCUCCCACGAUAUUCGUUUAUCAUUGAUGAUAGUAAUUAUCACUCCCCCACGAUCUGCAAUCAAUCUACUCUUAUCAGUUCAGAGUCGGUGUAUAAGCUGUAUAUAUAGAGAGUUUUUUUUUCCGACUUGAGGUCGGGUCGCUGCUCCUCCGCCGUCGAGGUCCGCCUGCUCCGGUUCUGGGAGGCGAGAAAUCCACGCUGGGGUGGCGAGUUCAUGUGGAUUGACAUGCUUUUGGUCGACGUCAAUGCAACUAUUAUGCAGGCGACCAUUAAUGCUAGCCGUGUGGGAGCUUUCCGACCAAAACUCACCGCCGGUAACAUGUACUCCAUCUCAGGUUUUGAUGUCAGUCGAUGUGCUUCGAAUUUCCGGUUGACUGAUUCUACAUUGAUGAUCCGGUUUGCCGAGUCAACCGGUUUUGAUGAGAUUACCAAACUGGUUUCGCCAUUACCCAUAGAGGGAUUCAGAUUUCGUGAUGAUACCGAGCUGAUAGGUUUAGCUAACACGAGCUCUCAGCUCCCAGACAUCAUCGGUGAGCUAAUCGCCGUCAAGAGCACCGUCACUGAUCCGCCUGAGGAGAAAAACCGUGUCAUGGCCACCAUCAAAUUGGAAAGUGAUGUCUCUGUCACAUUGAGCAUCUUCGAUGCCAAAGCUGUCGAUUUCCACCAGAAACUAGACAGAAUGCUUAUUGAUCCAAAAGUCAUUGUUGCUACUAGCAUCAAUCCCAAAAUGGUCGGAGGCCGUUUAUUCCUCAAUGCAACUUCUGGAACCCACAUCUACUUUGACAAAGAGACCACUGCAAGGGAGAACUUUUUCUAUCGAUUGGUGGUCAGAGACACUGGACUUCCACCUGCUGCACCUCUGCUGAAAGGAUAUGCUAAAAUGGAGUCACUAACCAUAGCUGAGAUCAAUUCAUUCAUCAUCACGGCUCCAUCACAGGCUAUUCAUUUCAUUUGCUCUGGAAAAGUGUGUCGGGUUGACCCAGAGAAAGGGUGGUGUUAUGUUGCAUGUUCCAAGUGUUCUAAAAAACUCCAACGCACUGUCAAUUCUUUCACGUGUGAACGUUGUGUCAAUCACCAUGCUGUUGGUUCCCUCCGUUAUCGAGUUGAGAUGGUGAUUGCUGAUGAUACUGCGGAAGGGGUGUUUGUUUGCUUUGAUGGUGUGAUGACUAAGUUACAUAAUCUGAAAGCAAGCGAAGCUGUUAAGCUGCUGGCUGGAGAUGGUGUGAAUCCUGAAGACGCACAGAUACCUCCAUUUAUUGCCGACAUGGAGGGAAAAGACUACACUUUGAGUUAG